AUGGAGCCGCUGCAAGUAAUGAAAAAUGAAAGGGUAGUUAGUGCAUGGGGUACCUCCCCCGUAGACUUGCGGCGGGGAGUUGGAGGUGAGAGUGUGGCUACUCAUGACAGGGUUGAACACACUGUGAAUGGUCAAGGCCGCAGUAGUAGCAUUCGUUCUGCUCUCCCGGGCGAGUUUGUUAGUGGUGAAGUAUCACCAUUAAGUUACUCAUCUCGUUGGGAUCUUCAAAGGGUCCAGACGCCUCCUAGUCGUGGUAGCUCUCCUGAAUGGAGGCGUGGUGCAUCUUACCGCACUGGUGCAGACGGCAACCUCUUCCGCGGUUAUUCCAAUGUGGGCAGUGGAGUUACUAGUGACUUUGUCAGUGGCGAACAUGGUUCAGACCAUUGCGCAUACGGCUCUCAUAUGGCGGAAUGGGAGGAAACUGGUCACCCUCAAGAUAUAGGGACUAAACUGGGUACGUACUUUCGUAGCGGUUCUGCACCUGUUGCUGGGGCUUCGUCGCUUCAUUACACGUUCUACGCUCCGAAUUCUCGCGCGAUUGGUAGUAACUCCGGUGUUGCAGGCCAGACCUCAGCUGAUGUUGGAGGUCCCGCGGACCUGCCACUGCUUAUUUCCGCCUCGCUGACGCCUCAACAGAUAAAUGGGGUUCAAAGUCGUAUGAUUUGUGCGAACGGGCAAUCGCAGGGUGGUGUUGGAAUAAAAGUGCUUGAGCUCUUGGAGUACUGGAUGGGUGAGAAAUCAACUGCUGAGGUAGCUGAAGGAUUGAUUGCCGAGUUUCUUCAGAAAGCUGGUAUAAGGUAUGAUGCUAGUGCGACGCCGUCUAAAGCCGGUGAUGAAGCUUUCUACUUACGGGAGACGUCACCUGAUGAUUUAGAGAAGGUCGAGGGGGGCUCGGGCACCACGCCGCAUGGCGCUUGCGGCGGUAGGUCGGGACCACCCACAUCACUGUCACCGUCAUCGGGUUACUUCACGCUCGUUAAUACUGACAUAACACGCGCGGCUGGUGAGGAAGAAGUUGAAGAGCUGCAACGGGAUGCGGGAUGGGACGAAGGUUACGAGGAUCGGGUGAAGGAUGCCUUUGAGCAAAGUAGGGUCCCAAAUGGACCUCCCCAACAGCCUCCGGUGCAUUCCCCACCUGCCCAGCGGUCUGAAAGUGUUCCCCUUGAUGCGACGAGGUUGCCAACCCCUCCAGAAGCGAAAGAUGAUGGCUGUGCGUCGCCGAACUUAUUUUUGAGACAACGUAGUGGUCAACCGAAAGAUUCCACCCUUCGGGGAGCAUCAUAUCGGGAUAUACCACCUUUUUAUUUUCCUAAAGGUGUGCCGAAGACCAGUGAGGAAACACUAGUAGGAGUUACUUAUACGAAACACGAAAACCCACACCUCAAGGUGAUCGAGGGGAUGAUGAUCCCCGCAGCUGCAUGCAAAAACGCUGCCGAGCAGGGUGCUGGGGCGAAUAGCAGAUCGGCGACGCGAGGUAACAAGAACGUAGUCAUAGUUUCCCUAAGGGCGUUAGAGGACAAAAAUGUUUCACUGUUUGUCAAAAGGGAGCUUAGUCGAAUCCCGAUGCCACCCAAAACAAUUCAAAGUUCCCGCCCCUCUGUUGGUCCACAAGUAAGAGGGUUCUGUGUCAGCAACGGCACUCUGGCAAAACAAGGUGCAAACUACAACGACCAACUAACGCAGGCAAUGCAAAGGAUUUGUACACAAUGCUUUGGCCUCCCGAAGUACUUUGCUUUUAUGAUAAUGAAGAUCUUGCGGGCGACUGGCGAUAGUGAUGCCAUGGGCAUGUUUGCUGCUCCGGAUGUUUGCUCUCCCUUAUCUAGAUAUUCUUCAGCUGUAACGGCCACGUGCAGUUCGCAGGCACCUAUCACAGUCCAGCAGGUUUUAGAUUUCUUUGAAAGUUCAUUGCGUGGUCGUUCUAUUGUGCGCCGUGUGUUUGAAUUGUUUCUUUUAAGCUCCUCUACCGGCAAGCACAAUUGCAGAUCGGCAGUUGGAGCAGGCAGCAAUUGCGCUUCUACGCCCCACUCGGCGUCCCCGCGGUCUUAUUUGUUACCGGAGGAUUUCCGCGGCUAUCUGAGGAUACUUCUGGAUCAUCACCCGGGGCUCGCCCUUCUGAAGCAGACUCCCGACGUUCAGAACAGGUACAUGGAGACCGUCAUCUACCGCAUUUUUUACGACCUCGACCGCUUCAACCGCGGACGGAUUACCUAUGCCGAGAUGGAAGAUUCUGCUCUUAUAGAUUCCCUCCGCCAAGUUGAUGUGGCGGAUGACAUCAAUUCUGUCUUCCAUUAUUUUUCUUACGAACACUUUUAUGUGCUCUACUGUCGCUUCUGGGAGCUGGACACGGACCGCGACAUGUUAUUGUCCCGACAGGACUUUGUAAAGUAUACCCCAGAUGGUGUCAUGAAUCCCAUAAUAGUGGACCGCAUAUUUAAUGGUCUUGGCCGGCGAUCGAAAUCUGCCGUAAAGGAUAGAAUAAAUUAUGAAGAGUUUGUUUGGUUUUGCCUCUCUGAGGAGGACAAAACAACCCCCACAGCGGUACGCUACUGGUUUAGCAUACUUGACCUUGAUUGUGAUGGUGUGCUUUCGUUGUACGAGCUGCAGAGAUUUUACGAUGAGACUAGAAGAAUCAUAUUGGAGCACGUACCAGAGGGGGGAAUACCCUUUGAGGACGCUGUGUGCCAGAUAUUUGAUAUGCUUGGUGUUACUGUGUCCUGUGGGAUCACGUUACAUGACCUCCUGUCGAAUUCCGAGGCAGCCGGCGCGGCACUGAACAUGCUGACAAAUGUGGUGCGUCUUCUACAGUUUGAACAGAAGGACCCGCUUGUAGCACACCAGGACCGGCUGCUUUGUGGCUUGGAACGGACACACUGGGAUCGUUUUGCUCGAGCGGAGUACGACCGUAUGGCUCAGGUUGCCGCAAACGAAUAA